AUGACCUUUGUCUUGACUGAAACCGCUGCCGGUUACGCCUUGUUGAAGGCCGCUGACAAGAAGAUCUACAAGAGCGCCUCUUUGUUGGAUGACUUGAACUCUUCAGACAAGGUUGCAGCUCAAUUUAAAAUUGCUGCUUUCUCCAAAUUCAGCUCUGCUGCCAAUGCUUUGGAAGAAGCUAACAGUGUUAUCGAAGGUAAAGCUUCCUCCCAAUUGAAGAAGUUAUUGGAAGAAUCCAAAUCCGACAAAAAGACCACCCUUAUUGUCUCAGACACAAAAUUGGCCAACUCCAUCAACAAGUUGGGCAUGAACUACCAAAUCGUUUCUGACGCUGCUACUUUAGAUAUACAUAGAAUCAUCAAAGAAUACUUGCCAGAAUUAUUGCCAGGUAUGAGCGACAGCGACUUGUCCAAAAUGUCCCUUGGUUUGGCCCACUCCAUUGGUCGUCACAAGUUGAAAUUCUCUGCUGACAAGGUUGACACCAUGAUUAUCCAAGCUAUUGCUUUAUUGGACGAUUUGGACAAAGAAUUAAAUCAAUAUGCCAUGAGAUGUAAGGAAUGGUACGGCUGGCACUUCCCUGAAUUGGCCAAGAUCGUUACUGAUUCCGUUGCUUUUGCCAGAAUUGUCUUGCACAUGGGUAUCAGAUCAAACGCUGCCGAAACCGACUUCAGCGAAAUCUUGCCAGAAGAAGUUGAAACUCAGGUAAAAUCUGCUGCUGAAAUUUCUAUGGGUACUGAGAUCACUGAUGUCGAUUUGGAAAACAUUCAAGCUUUGGCAACCCAAAUUGUUGAAUUUGCUGCUUACAGAGAACACUUGUCCAACUACUUGACCUCCAGAAUGAAGGCCAUUGCUCCAAACUUGACUGCUUUGGUUGGUGAAUUAGUCGGUGCCAGAUUGAUUGCUCAUGCUGGUUCUUUGCUUUCCUUGGCUAAAUCCCCAGCUUCCACUAUCCAAAUCUUGGGUUCCGAAAAGGCCUUGUUCAGAGCCUUGAAGACCAAGCAUGAUACCCCAAAAUACGGUUUGAUCUACCACGCCUCAUUAGUUGGUCAAGCUAACGGUAAGAACAAGGGUAAGAUAGCAAGAGUUUUGGCUGCCAAGGCUGCUGUUGCCCUCAGAUACGAUGCAUUGGCCGAAGAACGUGAUGACAGCGGUGACAUUGGUUUCAGUGUCAGAGCUAUUGUUGAAAACAGACUUAGUGCUUUGGAAGGUAAAGAUAUGAGAACCACUUCUAAGAUUGAACGUCAAACCCCAAAGGUUGAAAUGACCGAAGCUAGAGCUUACAAUGCUGACGCUGAUGCCGUUCCAGAGGCUGACAAGGACUCUGAUGAUGAAGACAGUGAUGAUGAAGAAGCUCCAAAGAAGCGUAAGAGAGAUUCUGAUGAUGAAGAAGAAGAAGAGGAAGAAGAAAAGAAGUCCAAGAAAUCCAAGAAGGAUAAAAAAGAAAAGAAGGAAAAGAAGGAAAAGAAGGAAAAGAAGGAAAAGAAGGAAAAGAAGGAAAAGAAAGAAAAGAAGGAAAAGAAAGAAAAGAAGGAAAAGAAAGAAAAGAAAGACAAGAAAUCCAAGAAAGAGAAGAAAUGA